ACAUUCCAAGCAUCCAAGUGUGAGUUGGAGAAUUGAGAGAAUAAUAUAUAGCAGCCUUGAGAGAGAUUCUGUCACAGUUCUCUUUUUCACUUUUAUCAACUCGAGAAUCUUUUCACUGUUGAACUUCCUUUGAAGGAAAUGGAGAGAAAGAUGAGUUGGACAGUUGCAGAUGCUGUGGAUUACAAGGGAUUCCCAGCUGAUAAGUCUAAAACUGGUGGAUGGGUUCCUGCUGCACUUAUUCUAGGAAUUGAAAUUGUGGAGAGGCUUUCCACCAUGGGAAUAGCUGUGAAUCUUGUGACAUACUUGGGUGGGACUAUGCAUCUUCCUAGUUCAACCUCAGCCAACAUUGUGUCUGACUUCAUGGGCACUUCCUUUCUUCUGUGCUUGCUUGGAGGUUUUCUUGCUGAUUCUUUCCUCGGAAGAUUCAAAACCAUUGCAAUCUUUUCCGCUGUACAAAUGCUGGGGACUGGCACUUUAGCAUUAGCAACAAAACUCCCACAACUAAGGCCAUCACCAUGCAAUCCUCACCAAGCUUGCCAAGAAGCCAAUGGUUUUCAAAUGGGGAUUCUAUACCUAGCCCUCUACCUCAUAGCCUUGGGCACCGGCGGCCUGAAGUCGAGCGUCUCCGGCUUCGGGACCGACCAAUUCGACGACAAAGACGAGAAAGAAAAGGCACAAAUGGCGUAUUUCUUCAACAGGUUCUUCUUCUUCAUCAGCAUAGGAACUCUCACUGCUGUCACAGUGCUGGUGUACAUCCAAGAUGAAGUUGGGAGAAGUUUGGGGUAUGGGAUUUGCUCCAUUGCCAUGGUUGUCGCCAUUGUUGUGUUCUUGUCGGGGACUACGAGGUAUAGGUACAAGAAAAGCUCGGGAAGUCCGAUUGUCCACAUAUUUCAGGUCAUUGUUGGUGCUGUUAGGAAGAGGAAUCUGGACCUCCCCUAUGAUGUUGGCAUGCUAUAUGAGACCACUCCCGAGCCUUCAAGAAUUCAUCACACUGAUCAAUUCCUGUGUUUGGACAAGGCUGCAAUAGUUGCAGAAGGGGAUUUUGAGGAGAAUAUCAACGGUGGUUCAUCAUCCCCAAAUCCAUGGAAGCUAAGCCCAGUGACAAGGGUGGAGGAAGUGAAAAUGAUGGCUAGACUACUCCCAAUCUGGGCCACAACCAUAAUCUUCUGGACAACCUAUGCUCAAAUGAUCACAUAUUCAGUCAUCCAAGCCACCACCAUGGACAGAUCAAUGGGGAGUUUCAAGAUUCCGGCAGGCUCCCUCACCGUCUUCUUCGUAGCUGCCAUUCUCAUCACCUUGGCUCUCUACGAUCGCAUCGUCAUGCCCCUUUGGAAGAAAUGGAAAGGAACCCCAGGCUUCACCAACUUGCAAAGAAUUGCACUAGGCCUUGUUCUGUCAACAGUAGGAAUGGCAGUAUCAGCCCUAAUAGAGAAGAAGAGGUUAGCAGCUGCAAAUUCGGAGGGCCGACACAACUCAACCUUAACCAUGAGUGUGUUUUACCUAAUCCCACAGUUCUUCCUGGUCGGAUCUGGGGAAGCCUUCAUGUACACCGGCCAGCUCGAUUUCUUCCUCACCCAAUCCCCAAAGAGCAUGAAAACCAUGAGCACAGGCCUCUUCUUGACCACCCUUUCCCUCGGUUUCUUCGUCAGCAGCUUCCUGGUAUCUGUUGUCAAGAAGGUGACGUCAGCUAGCCAUGGCGGCCAGGACUGGCUGGCAGAUAACAUCAACUACGGACGCCUGGAUUUGUUCUACUGGCUUUUGGCUGGUCUGGGAGUGAUUAACUUUGUUGUGUACCUGAUUUGCUCGAUCUGGUUUAAGCCCAGGAAGAAUAAAUCUGCUGUAGAAAUGGAGACGGUGAUGAAUGGGAAUGGUGAAGAGAAGUGUUAGUUAGUUAGCGUUUCUUCUUCAUUAUAUUCUUCUUCUUUUUAUGUGCAAAAACAAAAAACAAAAAAAGAAGAAGAAAUUUAGGGGUGAGUUUUUUAGUUUCUAGUACUGCAACGACAGUGUACAUAGAGGAAUGAUGCUGUGUCUUUUGGCAUUGUUGUCUCUGUUUCUGUAUUUGUGUUUGAUCAAUUUCAAUGGAAGUGUGUUGGAAUAUCAAUUAUUA